UGUUCUUUUUCAUCAUAAAAGUUCUACAAUCACAGUAAAUGAGGUCUCUUUAAACAUUUCGCAAGUUACCUGAAGUCUUCUGAGACACUGAUAAAGACUAUUUAGGAUUCAAAGGAACAUGAUACAUACUUUUACGACCAUUUUUUGACGACCAUACAAUCCGAGGUCGCGAUUUUAGUUUUAAGUUUAGAUUUAUCGAUCAUCAUCACAAUUUAAAACAAAUGAAUUCGAAUCACAUAGUUAAUUGUUCGACAAAAGUCGAUUUGUUAACAUUUUAUCGUGGAAUGAUGUGCUUGUGUCAAGUGAAUUAAGUUUGAGUGUGUCUUCGUUAAUUUCACAUUCAUUAGCUUUUCUUAGAAAAAGCCAGGAAAUCAGGGUUAUCUCCAAAAAGAGCUGGCUAUGACUUAGGUCAUGCAAUAAAAAUGGAAGUAGUAAAUGACGGUAGGUAUGAGCAAAGAGAAAAUCUACCAGGGAGCAGCGCAGACAGUGAUGCUUCUAGCAGCAUUUUCGAGAGUAACGAUAGCAGUGACGACCUAGACAAAACCUCAGAUGAUGAGGACCUCAAAGAAGACUUGCAGAAAACAAUACCUGAAUGCUACAAAUCCGAUUCAAACUUUUCUUCACAAACAACCAGUGACAUCAAUGAUGAGGAGUUUCAAGCAACAGCUCUGUGCCAAUUUAUGGAUAUUUUAAACGAUUUGGAUGAAGUCCUGGAUAAAUCUUUACUGGCUUGUCUGGAUGAUGGCACCAAAUCAUUUGAUAGUGAUGAGGAAGAUCUGAUUUGCAAAAUCAAAGAGGUUAUUGGUAAUCAAGAAGAACUGUCGGAUGUCUCCGAGGGGCAGAGCUCUAUAGAAGACAAUACCCAAGUCGUAGUAGCACAGCAUGGUCUCACUCCUUCAGCCCCUCUGUUAGAAGAUCUAGAUUUUACACAAAGUACCAAUGAAAGACCAAGCUUCACCAGUUUUGGUAGGUCCAAAAGCUUCUCAGAGUUGUCUGGUAGUAACAGGCAAGCUUUGGUGUCGUCAUUGGAAAGAACUAGUGCAGCAAAUAAUAAUGUGCGUAAUUCCAUGAGAAGAUUGGAUCCAAUAGUUUUGCCUGCGAUCUCGGCGCAGGAGUCGUGCGAGCCGUUGACACUGCCAGUUAUUUUGUUUUUGGAGCAUCAUGUGAAUGUGCGGCCGACUAGCGCACCUAUACAGUUGCAAGUGACGGCCGCUAACUUGAGCGCUGAUGGGAGCUCGGGCCCUUUGAUCGUGGGUCGAAGGGCGCUGCUGAUGAACAGGACUCUUUCGCUGCCGUCGCCGGGAGAGAGUGACGUCACCACGGGGGACUGGACCGGCCGCAAUACGGCUCGAAGCACGGCCAGGAGCACUAGCACAUCUAGCUCCUCGAUAGAUUCAUUGGCCGCUAUUCCGUCGUCAAAUCAUCUUGCUGCUGGUCUGAAUGAUGAGAGAAUUGAUGAGACUGAUGAACCUCCUUUUGGAGUGUGGCCUCACAGCAUGAGCGCUAUGCUGGCAUGUCUUAGCUGCACUGUAGGCAUAUUUAAUAUUUCAAGGUUUGCCAUUCUCAGUGUUCAUUUCGGAGCGAGCUUUAUAAUACAGUUUUUUGUAUUAUCAUUAUUGAUUGGCAUACCACUAUUCACAUUAUACUUAUGUUUGGGCCAAGUACUAGAGUCGGGCCCUGUGGAUAUGUGGAGAAUAUCGCCCAUAUUUCAAGGAGUUGGGGUGUCAUUGCUCAUCAUACAAGCAGUAUUGGGCGUCUAUAGCAUAAUAGGACUGUCGUGGAUAUUCGUGUACUUCAGAGACUCUUUUAUUACGUCAGAUGACAAAUACAAAUGGGCACUCCCACACGAUUACAGUUUAGAAGAGCCUGGCACAAAAAACGGCACAUUCAAGAUACAGGAGUCUUUGCCGCAGUAUUUCCAAGGGGAGGUGCUACAAAGAAACAUCGGGUCCAAUACCUCGAAUUUCGGCUCAAUAAAGUUUCAAGUCGCAUUCAAUUUAGCUGUAGUGUGGAUGAUUGUAUUCGUCUCGCUCAGCAAAGGGUUGCGGUCAUAUGGAAAGGCUGUUUACAUGCUGAUAUUUUUGCCCAUAUGCGGCACGCUUGUGUUAUGCACGAAAUUACUUACGCUCAUUCCGUACGAUACUGUGACAAAUAUUUUCUCUGAGACCGAGUGGAGUGAAUUCUUUAUCAACAGUAACAGUUGGGCAGCGGCGGCUCAAGAGAUAUUCUUAACUUGGGGGUUAUUAGGAGCGUGUAUAAUGCAGUUAACAUCGCACAAAAAUGCCAAGAACAAGACUAGUUCUAUGCUGCAAAAGGAGAGCGCGUGCAUCGUGGCCUUCACCUUCGCCGUUCUGUUGUUGGGUGCAUUCCUCGCGAACACUUGUGUGCAAAUAUUGAAGAACUACGGCUACGUUUACAUACCUGGCAGUUAUGAAACGGUUAAAUCAUCGCAGUUUUUGUGGCCGAUGUCGGAACCAAUGCCAGGGAACGUGGUUUCAACGCCAGUACGCUACAUGGGCCACUAUAGCAGCUUGGUCGGGGUGACAGUGUGGAAGAAUGGCAACACCGCUAGAACGAUCAGCGGGUGGCAACCGCUGCAGCUGGCAACACAGGUCGUGCCGGCUACGCUUGCAGUGUUGCCCGCUAACGUUCUGUCCCCAGCAUGGGCGGUGAUCUUCUACUUCAUCCUGAUAAUGUUCGGCAUCGCGCAGCAACUUGCAAUAUGGCACUGCGUCAUCACAGGCGUUAUGGCCAUCAAUGCGCACGCGCUGCGGGUUUGGGAAACUACUAUCACGUUUCUGAGCUGCGUAUUUGGACUGGCUAUGGGAUUGCUGAUCAGCACUGAUGCUGGCAUAAAGAUAGUCCACUUUAUAGACUACGUGUGGACCGGCUCGUGGUGGCAAUGCGUGAUCCACAUCGCGCUGGUUUGCGGCGUAUUCGUGGUCCGUGGCCGUCCCUAUUCUCCCGACGUCGUGGUCGCGGCGCUAUACUCGUCUCGGAACAGAUUGUCGGCCACGCUCGCCGCGCUACUGAGCUUCACGUGGACUGUGGUGCUGCCGGUGUUAUUGUGCGUGAGUAUCGCUGCUAGACUUGUGGUUGUGGUCCACACGCUACUCGCCCGAGGUCGUGGUCGCGGCGCUAUACUCGUCUCGGAACAGAUUGUCGGCCACGCUCGCCGCGCUACUGAGCUUCACGUGGACUGUGGUGCUGCCGGUGUUAUUGUGCUAUCGCUGCUAGACUUGUGGUUGUGGUCCACACGCUACUCGCCCGAGGUCGUGGUCGCGGCGCUAUACUCGUCCCGCAACCGACUGUCGGCCACGCUCGCCGCGCUACUGAGCUUCACGUGGACUGUGGUGCUGCCAGUGUUAUUGUGCACCAUCUGCGUCAUGGAUUUCCGAGUAGGGCAACAGCGUCAACUCUACAGCUGGCGAAAACAAGCUGGAUAUUGGCCGAUAUGGACCCGUCAACUUGCCGUAGCGUUACAACAAGGAUCUCUACUGCUGAUCCCCGUAGCCGCAUUCGUACAAACAUGGCGCUACAUGAACAAAGGACCCCCAGAUAUACUAGAGCGCAUCCAAAACCUAUACCGGCCUCGUAUGGGCGCGGACACCAGCCCGCCGCCCGUGGGGCCGCGGCCGGCCCGCGCCGCGCCCGCGCCCGAUCCGCCGCCCAAGUACACGCCACCGCCUUCGUAUUCUACUGCUACGGGGGCGCGUCUGCUCAAUACUAUUAGGAGAAGCUUCAGGACCUUGAGAAGAAUAACCUCAUCCCACACUCAAUCACUAACAGAAGAUACAUCACAAAUACCAAUCACGCUGAGCGAAAGCGUAGACCGCGAGCGGCAAAUUUCGUUGGAAUCUCAGCCACCAGAAUACAGCGGGGUCUUCACCGCGCCUUCCAUCACCAUCACCGAUGAAACCGACUCCCGGAACAGUCGGGCUCGCUCGUCGACGUCCAGGAACUCUUUAUCUCUAACUAGAGACUACCUCAGACGGUCGUUCGUUCGAAAAAGCGACUCAGCAAAGAGUAUUCGCUCGAGUCUCCGCCGCAGUUUUAAGUUCGGGCAACUGUCCGGCAGCCACGAGCGAUUGGUUCGCGCGGCAGAACCUAUGUCCAGCACGCUUGCCAUGUCAACGGUACUUGACGCGUCAGAACCUCAUGCGCGGAGCCGCGCCUCUGUCAUAUAAUAGGGAUGUAGACAUCGCUUUUUAUGAACUACCUACCUUAAUGAUUUUUUUUGUAAAUAUUCCGUCAGCUAUUAUAUUAUCUCCGAAGUAGUAAGUAGUUUAAUUUUAGCACUUUAAUGUUUUUAAAUGCCCUUAAGGUGUCAAAUGUCUUGGAAUUUUAUUAACGGUGUUCUCAUCCCUAUUAUAAUUAAUUAUUAAACACGAAUUUUGUUAAUGUGAUCCAGCAUUCUAGAUAUUAUUCAACAUUUUUACAGCGAUGAUAUCUCGAAAUUAAUAGUCAAUGGUCAUAUUGCCUAUUCCUGAACCGCCUGUGAGGCAUCACAACCAUAUUUUUAUAUUAUUUUUGUGUGUAAACACAUACUAGUUUUUAAGCGAGUCUAAUGAUGCUUUUUGUUGUAUAGUCGAGAGUUACGAAGGUAUGACCCGGGAUUAGAGUACACGUAGAUUAAAUGUGUGAAUUAUUUUUGGUCCUGACUAUACAUUUUAUUUACAGCCGGUUUAGUACUGUCGACGUAUCCAAAUGAUUUAUUGACACAAUAAUAAAGACAUGCAGAUGUUUUUAGUGCCUAAAUAUUAACUGCUGAGAAUACGAAUAAUAUAUUUCAAGCCGACUGUAUGUUGAACUUUUAACUUAACUGUAGGUACUUAACUUAAUAAUAAUAAUGAAUCAGACAAUAGUCUUUCGUAAUUAUCUUAAACCAGAAUCUCAGAAUCUUCACUAUUUUAUUAAUGUGUUAUUUUCGUUUUUUUUUUUUGUAAGCACAAUCGUGAGCCAUGUAGAUAGUUUUACAAUGAAAUAUACCUUACGAUUAGAAAUUUAAUCACUUAAUGAUGUAUACUUAAUGAAUUUGAUAAUAAAUACAGAGCUUAGAUGUGUUUAAGAUUUUUAAUUAAUAUUGAAGUUGUGAAGCCAUCGUUAUAAGUAUUAAAAUCAGACUAGAAAUGUGUUCUCGUUAGAUUAAGUUAAGUGAAAUAUAUUUUCUAAAUUGCAUAGACGAUUGUCGUUGACUGAACUCAAUAAGAAUGUCAGUGUGUUUGUUGAAUGCGCAGUUUGUUUUAUUGAUGUGGCGAAUAAUUUCUAAAUUUUAAUUUGUAAUGAUCUGUUUUAAUUAAAAUGAUUCAUUUAACAUCACAAUCUUACUAAGUUUUAGUAUUAAUACGUUUAAGAUGUUCGAUUGGUAAUUCGUUUUGUGAUAUGCAUGCCACUUGUGUGAUUCGCCACUAGAAAAUCAGACUCAUUUAUUUCGUAAAUGUGAUGCAUGACUAUCGAUUGUACGUAUUAAUUAGAACUAGUUUAUUUUGUCACUAUCGAAGUUCAAAUAACAAUAACCAAUAUUACAAGCUGUUAUGUACUUAAUUGAAUUAAUUUUAGCAAAUAUAUUUUUAAAGGUUGUGAUUUGUUUUUUUACUAACAAAAUAUAAUAUGUACGAUAGUUUUUCAUCAUUGAUCGAUAGUUGUGUAAAAGACAAACUAGGGUAUAAUUUCUGUUCAGUGUAAAGUACAAUGAAGUUAGAAAUAGUUUAACACUUUGGUUGUUCAAUAAUUAUAUGGCAGCUUAAUUAAGUUCCUUCACGCAUUUAAAAAUUAUAUUAAAUUGUUAAUUGAAAUUUGGUUUUAGCUCUAGUCACUACACAUUCUUCCAUGCAUCAGUUUUAUUAAACAUCACAAUUUUGUCUACAUUUUAUUUAAGUAUUAUGAAAUUUAUAGCACAUUUUUAUCGCACUAUUAAUUUUAAUCUCUUUAUUAUACAUUUAAUUUUGCUUGUUCUUUAUACAUUCCACAUUGUUGCAAUAUUAACGAAUUAGAUAAGUAAUAAAAAUCUUUUUACGUCA